CAAAAUAAACACAAUUAAGGUGUUUUAUUGAUCAAACCACAAUAUCAACAAAAUUCAAGGCAUAGACUAGGAAAUAUUUGUGCAUAUAUAUCUGAAAAAGGAGAUUAUACAUUAUAUACAAAAUACUUCCUCAGAUCAACCAGCAAACAAAUAGAAGCCUCAUAUUGGAAAAAUUCACAAGAGACAUGAACAAGCUCAUCAGAAGACCUAUACUGAUGGCCAGUCAAUGUGAAAGUGUGCAUCACUUCAUAAAUGACAGACAAAUGCUAAUUAAAUUUAUAUGUGAAGUCAUCACACACUCACUAAAGUUCUAAAAAUCGAGAAGACAACACAAAUGCCAGCAGGGAUAUGAAGCAACUGGAACUCUUGUGCUUCAUGAUCUUAGAUACACAUGCAAAAUGUUUGUGGUUUGGAGAAGCAAAGUAACCAAACCAUAGUAGGCUUGGUUUCUGGGAAUUUGGCCUAUUUUAUUUUUAUCGAAGCUGAGCUAAGUAAUAUUAUGAAAAUUCAAUGGAUUGUAGAAUUCUGACUUUUCCACCAUUAGGGAUGUAUGCUAUAUUUCAAAGCAUAUAUAAAAAGUGUAAAAUUGAUUUUAUGUGUCCAUUAUCUUUAGUUACUUGAAAAAAUCAAAUUAUAAGCCUACGCAAGAAAGCCAAUUCAUCCACUUAAUACUCUUAUGACAAAACAUUAAUGCCAUCUUCGAUUGUUCUAAAAUUUAUACUUACAACGAAAACUUAUUUCAGCAAAAUAAUAUUUAGAACUUCCAAUUGUGAAGAACUGCGUGUAUGAAUUAAAAGGAUACAGAAAUAUAUUAAAAUUAAAAUUUGGAAGGAAAUGUUAAAAUGAAAUGCAAGAACAAAUAAGGACGCUUGGUGGCGCUCCAGGAUAAGAGUGUGAAGAAUGGGCUCUGCAGACGCCCAGGACACCAUCUCGUCAAGCUGAGAACCAGAACUUUGGCUGCUGUCUGAAGGAGAAGGUAAUAAGAAAGGUUUCUGGGAGAAUUUGGGAAGAAGGUGUCUCUCUAAUCGGAUUUAGUUCAAUAUUUUCACGAACCCUGAGUGGAUUAUAAUUGCCUUGAAGAAGCAGCGCCCUCCGGACUGCAUCGGAACAAUGGAGACAGCUGUAGCAAAAACACCAGAGAAAAGGCAAGUCGUUUUCCUUACUAUGUUGCUGCUUUUGUGGGAGGCUGAUUCUGAGGCGAUUAGCUAUUCCAUGCCAGAAGAAACGGAGAGUGGCUACUUGGUGGCUAACCUGGCCAAAGAUCUGGGGCUCAGGGUGGGGGAACUGGCCACCAGAGGGGCUCAAAUCCAUUCCAAAGGAAACAAAGAGCUUUUGUAGCUGGAUGCUGAGACCUGGAAUUUGUUCUUAAAGGAAAAACUAGAUCGCGAGGUGCUUUGUGGUGUGACAGACCCCUGUGUGCUGCAUUUCCAGCUCAUUCUGGAAAACCCUGUUCAGUUCUUCCGAAUUGACCUGCAGAUCACAGACAUAAAUGACCAUGCUCCAGAGUUCCUUCACAGGGAAAUGCUCCUAAAAAUUCCAGAGAUUGUCCAGCCAGGGACUGUGUUUCCUCUGAAGGCAGCUCAGGACUCUGACAUAGGGAGCAAUGCUGUUCAGAACUACACAGUCAGCCCCAACCUCCAUUUCCAUGUGGUUACUCAGAGUCGUGCUGAUGGCAGGAAAUACCCAGAGCUGGUGUUGGACAGAGCCCUGGACAGGGAGGAGGAGUCUGAGCUCACUUUAACCCUCAUUGCUGUGGAUGGUGGGUCUCCUCCCAGGUCUGGGACCACAGCAGUUCGCAUUGAAGUCGUGGACAUCAAUGAUAACGCCCCCCAGUUUGUUCAGUCACUCUAUGAGGUGCAGGUCCCUGAGAACAGCCCUCUCAAUGCCUUAAUUGUCACGGUCUCUGCCAGGGAUUUAGAUGCUGGGAUGAAUGGGAAUGUAGCCUACUCUCUGUUUCAAGGUGGUGGAGUUUCUCAACCAUUUGCAAUCGAUGAGGUCACAGGAGAAAUUCGUCUGAGUGAUGAGUUGGAUUUCGAGGUAAAUAGUCAUUAUAGCAUAGAAAUCACAGCCAUGGAUGGAGGAGGCCUUUCGGGGAAAUGCACUGUGUCUGUACAGGUGUUGGAUGUGAAUGACAAUGCCCCAGAGCUGACCAUCAGAAAGCUCACAAUUCCUAUCCCAGAAAACUCCUCAGAGACUGUAGUUGCUGUUUUCAGUGUUUCUGAUUCAGAUUCCGGGGACAAUGGAAGAAUGGUGUGUGCUAUUCCAAAUGAUCUCCCAUUUCUCUUAAAACCCACUUUCAAGAACUAUUACACUUUAGUGGCAGAGGGACCACUGGACAGAGAGAGCAGAGCUGAGUACAACAUCACCAUCACAGUCACCGACAUGGGCACACCCAGGCUCACAACACAGCACACCAUUACAGUGCAGGUGUCUGACGUCAACGACAAUGCCCCCGCCUUCACACAAACCUCCUACACCCUGUUUGUCCAAGAGAACAAC